AGUGGAGGGCUUACACAGAGAGCCGCUGGGUCUGGGUGUCCGGAGGCAGCAGCGCUCGCGGAGCUCGCCCGCAGGCCCCCGGCCACCAUGUCGGCCUUUGACACCAACCCCUUCGCGGACCCAGUGGACGUAAAUCCUUUCCAGGAUCCCUCUGUGACCCAGCUGACCAGUGCCCCUCAGGGUGGCCUGUCUGAGUUCAACCCCUUCUCAGAGACAAAUGCCGCGACAACAGUUCCUGUCACACAACUCCCUGGGCCCUCGCAGCCGGCAGUUCUCCAGCCCUCAGUGGAACCAACCCAGCCAACCCCCCAGCUCCUGCUUAGACAGGCCAGCAAGUUCCUGCCUACCCGAUUCCUGGCAGUGAGCAAGCUCUCAGAGAGGCAGAUGCUGCUAGGAAGAGAUAGUAUUCUCAGAGACAGCUACAUGCAAAGGCUUCCAAAGGCUGUGGCAGCUGCAGCCCAGGCAGGCCUGCUCCGGCAGCAGGAAGAACUGGAUAGGAAAGCUGCUGAGCUGGAUCGCAAGGAGCGGGAGCUGCAGAACACUGUGGCCAAUUUGCAUGUGGGAGAGAACAACCGGCCAUCCCUGCUCUCACGGUGCCCUGUCAAGCUCUUCUAUCAGGAUUUCUCCACAGAGAUCCCUGCCGACUACCAGCGGAUAUGCAAGAUGCUCUACUAUCUCUGGAUGUUGCAUUCAGUGACUCUGUUUCUGAACCUGCUUGCCUGCAUGGCCUGGUUCAUAGGCAACACCUCCAAGGGAGUGGACUUCGGCCUCUCGAUCCUGUGGUUUGUGAUCUUCACCCCCUGUGCCUUCCUUUGUUGGUACCGACCCAUCUAUAAGGCCUUUAGGUCAGACAACUCUUUCAGCUUCUUCGUGUUCUUCUUUGUAUUUUUUUGUCAAAUAGGGAUCUACGUCAUCCAGUUGAUUGGCCUCCCUAACCUGGGGAACAGUGGUUGGAUUGCAGCCCUGUCUACACUGGGGCAAGAGUCCUUGGCCGUGUCAAUCAUCAUGAUGGUGGUGGCUGCUUUCUUUACCCUGUGUGCUGUGCUCUCACUCUUCCUCCUGAAGCGGGUGCAUUCCCUAUACCGCCGGACAGGGGCCAGCUUCCAGCAGGCCCAGGAGGAGUUUUCCCAGGGCAUCUUCAGCAACAGAACCUUCCGCAGUGCUGCCUCAUCUGCUGCCCAAGGAGCCUUCCGGGGGAAUUAGUCCUCCUGAUUCUCUCUUCCCUCUACCCCAGCCUUUUCUCUCGUCUGCCUUCCGAGCUGCACUUUCCAGGGGUGCCUUAUGCGGUGGUUAUGCCCAGCACAGACUUGGUGAGGGUCUUGCCAGGGCUCUUCCUCCUUCUUCAGCAACCAGCUCUCCCUGGAAAGGGAGGAAGGGACAGGGACAUUUUUUACAGGAGGAAAAAAAAAAAGCUAUCUUUCUUUUUCUGGUGGUGGUUUGGUAGGAUUCUUCUGUCUCUCGGGAAGCAAUGGGACUGAAGUUCUCUUCCCCCUAUACACACAUGCACUCCCCUACACACUUGGGAUCACUGACCUGGGCCCACCCCAGCUGGCGUUUUCUGCCAGAGUCCUGGGAUGCCACUCCUCCCCCAGCAGGCCUGGCUUGGAUUUGGCUCCACAGACACAGCCUGUAGUCUGCACAGUCCUGCCCUUCCUGGCCAGGCUGGGAUAAGCCUCCCAUGGCCUCCUCUUUAGGCCACCUGCACUCUGGGUGAGUGGAGAGCUCUGUUUCUCAGAUCACUCUGGGGAGGUCUUGGGCUUCCUGAGCUUCUGGCCCAAUUGCCCGAGGCUCUUCCCUGCCUCAUGUUCCUCACAAACAGGUUCAUAGCCCUUUAGGCCCCCUGCAUCCCCUGGUGUGGGCAGCAUCUUAUACCCUCUGGGGCCCUGCUGAGCCCUUCUCUCUUCAGACUUCCUGAAUGUGCAAUGUAGUUGGUUGGGAUUGGGGUAUGGGGAGGGGUAGAGGACAUUGACCCUAAGUUGUCCUGCCCAGCCUUUGGCAGUCUCUAGGAGGGUUGGGUCUGACUGUCCUGAUGUGGUGGUUUGUCGCUGUUUGUUUUGACAUCACUCCUCCUGUGGGACAGCUACCCUUUGCCUUAGCCUCAGAUUCUACUCCACCCUGCCCCCCUCCAUAAGCAAUAUCCAGCCUGUGUGACUCUCAGGGAAGGUGGGGGAAUCAGUCCAGAACUGCAUUCUUCAGUUGGGACUGAUGAGCCAUCUUUCUGAGGGUUCCAGACUAAACCUCAGGGUUCCCCCCAUACCCUGAGUGAAGUCUGGGUCACCUUCACUCAUCCUGGGGAUUCCCCAAGGGGCAUCACUGUGAUGGGCACGUAGGAAUCCACCAUUCAAACUUGCACCCUGUCCUCCAGAGUCUGCAGGAGUGGGUGUGGGGACUUCUCACAAAGCUGGCCAGCCACCUGCCUCUGGGCUGCCUCAGGCCUGCAAGCCUGCUCAGGCCCAGAACCACUGAAUAAUAAUGGCAGCAACCAGACUUUUGUAAACUCCUUUCUGGUAUUUUUUUUUUCUCCAUGUACAAAUGUAUAUGUUAUGUCUCAAUUUUUGUGCUUAAAUAAAAAUAAGACGUUUUCAGACAA